UCUCCGUCCCGGUGUGUAAGCGACCGCUCUUGUAAACAAACUCGGUCGAAACUUCGGAACUAGACUCCAUAAGAUGAGCAGCAUUUGUUUAAAUGAAAUAUUUGCCUGUUUUCUCCUGUCUGUGUUAUACGUAGGAAGCUUAUAUAUUUGGAAUGCCACUCAGGGAAGAGACCAUCCAACCACAAUCAAAAAGCGCUGCAUCAGUGUCUUUUUUAUGACCAUUGUGUCUCCUUUUUUCAUAAUAUGGUUUGGAAACAAAAAUAUAGAAGAAAAGGCAAGCCUGUGGUCACAGAUGGGUUUACGGUGGGAAGGUCUCAUACCUGCCUUAAUUCUGCCAAUGAUUCUUACCUUUGUACUGUUCUUGGGCCCAAUAGUUCAGGCCCAUUUUGCUGUGCCAGUCACUGCUAGCCUCCGUAUGUACUUUGACCCAUUGUACUGGUACAACACUGUACAGAAUCCAAUAUGGUGGCGCAAUCAAGUGGUGGCUCCAUUUUCUGAAGAGUUCACCUUCCGUGCCUGCAUGUUGCCGAUACUACUGCAGUGCGUGUCUCCAGGGAGAGCCAUUUUUAUAGCUCCACUCUUCUUUGGUGUUGCACAUCUUCAUCAUGCUGUUGAUCGCCUGCGUGUGGGAAUUGAUCUUCCAUCUGUCAUUUUAUUGUCAUGUUUCCAGUUCCUGUAUACUUCAGUAUUUGGCUUUUAUUCUGCAUUUUUAUUCAUUAGAACUGGUCAUUUCCUGCCCCUAUUUGCAGUCCAUGCCUUUUGCAACCAUAUGGGGCUGCCAGAAAUGAAGGAGAUGCUCAGUAAACCUACCCCUGUAAGAAACAAGCUAAUGGCUUUCCAUGUACUGGGUCUGGUUGCCUGGUAUUUCCUGCUCUAUCCCCUGACUGAACCUUCACUCUACAGUAACUCUCUCUAUGUCUUAUGAAGUUAAAAGAUGCAGAGUAAGUUAACAUUAAGAGCACUUUAGGUCUAAUGCUCAACUAGUUAGAAUGUUGUGAGAUCCUUUAGACCAUAAUGAUAGUUGUUGCUGCUAAUUUUUGGGGUUGUCAAACAUGAGCAUAAUUUCUCACUAAUCAAGAAUAGUUUAAUAUCUGUGUUGUGCUACUAAUGUUAGGACUGUAAGACAUAAUGAUCUGAAACACAGAUUGGUUAAAUAGUGCAAUUUUGAUGAUAGGAGAUGACGGAAGAUACAUCAAGUCUUUACUCUUACAUGAAAAGAUCUGAAAAAAGAAACUUUUUUCUCUUUAACAAGAUAGAUUAUGCACACUUAAUGAUCAUUUAGAAGCAAUUGUUCACACAUUUUGGGUGAAAUGAUUGUUGUUUAUUUAUGCUUACAGGCGUAAACAUGUAUAUUGUUUUGAUGUGAGUGUGCAUGGGUGUUUGUGUAUGUAUGUAUUAUGUUCUUUUGUAUUUCUGUCAUAUAUUUUACAUUAUAUUUGAUGCCCUUGUUUCACUGUUGAUUAUGAAUAGUGGCUUUCUGUAAAUGAGAUAUAAAUUAAAGAUUCAGAGCAAGCACUUGGAUGGGUCCUUGGAUCUUGAAACAUUGUGAUGACAUGCAUGAAUUUUCUCUCUGUUAAAAACUGGGUCUCAUACAUUGGUGAAUUUCAACUUUAUUUUUUGUAUCAUAUAGUAUUUUGUAUUGAGUAUCAGUAUUAAUGAAUAUUCACUUAUUAAUUUGCAAAAAUAUUAUACAACUUCUUAAACACUUGUUUGUGAGAUGCAUAUUCAUAAAUCACCUUCAGUUUUCCAGUACUCAUGCACACAUACAUGUGCAAAUGCAUUAGCUUAAUUUGCACACAGUCAUCAUGUGCACAUUAUUUUUUUCAGUAUAAAUGACCCUUUUUUAAAUAACAGUGUCAGUUUUGAUGAAUAAACAGAAUGUUUCUUCUAAAGGACUCAAAUUAGAAAGAGUUGAAAUUUUGAAAUGGAUACAUUAUGUUUCAGAAUUGUUUUAUUUAUUGUGAAUUAAUUACUUCCUAUGCAAAGUAAUGAAUUCAACUCUUUUCAGGUUAUGGCACAUAUAAGCUAGAUUUGUUUGCUAAAUUUCAAAUUGUUUUUUUUACAAUUUGUCUGCCUUUAUUUCUUCAUCUGGAAUUAGGAUAAUUUCACAAUCAAAAGUGUGAAGUGGAAUACCAGGUUAUGCAUAAAACUAAGAUUCAAGUUUUAUAUAUUACUGAAAAAAUUAAAGUGCAGAAUUGAUAAACUUUAGGAUGCUUACAGUGGAGAAAAUUUGCAAUUGUUAAUCAAGGAUUCUGUAUUAGUUUAUAGGUUUUAAUCUGUUGAACAUCUGUUUAAGAGUCAUGAUAAUGAUGAGUCAUUGACUUAGAAUACCAUACAUUUUGGUACUGUUAUGGCUGGAAUAAGUUCAAAAGCAUGAUUUUUGAUAUGAGGAUAACUACAGGGAAUUCUUGGAAAUGUUCCAGGAGAACAAAAAAUUCAGGAUGACAGUAGUACUUAAGAGUUCAGGGUAAUGCUGUAUAUUUCUUGAGGCAGAGUAGGUUGAAAUAUUGUAGUUAGAUGGUUAAGAAAAGGAAUGACAAAAGUGACAGUUGAAAUUGUUGUUUGACAAAGAAAGAUAAGGUUCAUGUUUUUGCUCCCAGUGUACUUUUGUGCCAAAGCCACAGAUUUGAUUGUUUUCGUGGGGAUAAUUUUGAAAAGUAAAAAGCUGUAUUAAUGAAUAGUAAAAUGACAGUAAGUAAUAGUGACAUGACCAUUCCUAACCAACAAACAGAGAGGAAACCUUCUCUUGUAAUAUGAUUACUUUGAAAGAUUUUCAGUAAUUUGACUAUAAGAUGUGAAAAUGGCUCUUUUUAUUGGAAAUUAUUCGUAAUGAAGAUCAUCGAAAUGCAAAUUGAUUUUUACUUAAUAUGAUUUUAUACUAAAUAUAAAAUACAUGUUGGUAUUGCCUGUGUACUUCCAAAAAAUAUAUUACAAUAAAUUUUAAGUAGUGCAAUAGCAUUUAGCUAUAAAACACAUUUCUGCCUCUACUACAUCUCAGUAACACUUUAUUUGCAGAAUGCAUCUCUUCCUCUCAACUCCUUGACAGUGAAUUGUCAUGGUCUUGGAUUUUCUCUUUGUUUUAAUGUUGUGAGAUGUAAUUCAUAUGAGAUAAAAAUGUGGACUGAAGUAUUUAAGAUAUAGCCUUAUAUAUUUUCUAAAGGCAAAUCUGAUUUUAAAAAGUACAAAAUACUGGCAAAUGGGAUCAUAUUGAUAUUUCAGUAAACUAAGGACGAAAAUGUAAUCUUGAAGCACAAGUAAUUAAAAAUCAAAAUUGUGUCAUUAUCAUAGAAACGAUUAUUUUUAGAAAGAUGAAAAUCCCUGUUGCUCAUUUUCUGUUGGUACAGUCUAUAUGCAUUUCAGAUUUUCAUGUAAAAAGUCUGGCUGUAUGUUAUCUAACUUGCUUGUACCACUUCUUUUUUGCAUGCACACAUUUAACUUGUACCUAACCUCUGCUUUAUAUUUUUCUGUAUUUGCAUUACUGCCAUAUCUUUUACUUGUUUCUAAGAAAACAGUUAUGCAAUAGAGGUAUCCUGUAUAAUACCACAUAGUUAUUUCAAGCUCUUUAGAGCCAGAAUUAAGUAAGAAUUGGUAGUAGAAUUUAUUACUAAAACAGAUGCCAACAUAAUAUGAAGAUGGUGAGAUAAUUUCUAGAAGUGCAGUAUUUUCACUUGUCAUGUUGGUUUGUUUUUAUCAUUUUUAGCAUAGUAAUUUUGCAUACAUCUAUGCUUACUGGAAUAUUUUGACCAUUAUUUUCAUUUUACUGAGCACCUCAUUGCAUUUAUUUUACUGCAAUAUCUCUCAGGAGAUUAGUGCAGUGAUCAGUGAGGGAGGACUAUUUAUUAUGGAAAGUGAGUGUCAGUUUUUUUGUGGAAGAUUGACAAGAGACUGUAAUAGAUGCUUUUCCUUGUGUUUCAAAGGACUGAACAUGUUCUAAACCUAAGUAGAGAACUGUAGAUAAGUGUGCCUUUUUUAUUACUAGUAUGUGUAAUACAGUGAUUUUUUGUGCAUUUAAAGAGCAAACCUUUGUGGGAAUCAUCUGGAAAAUCUAGAAAUUCAUAUAGCAGCCAGUUCAUUUAUAAUAUGAGCUGAUCAGCAGUGUGCCAGAAGUUGCACAUACUUUCAAAAACUCAUGAAGUAGUUGCUUUGAAAGCAUUGUGCCUUCUUUCCCCUGAUGGUGGUCUUACUUCCCAGUAUUAAAAUGAAGUCAUAUAUUAUCAGUCAGUUUUCAUGUCUUUCUGUUAUGACCUUGCACUGGAUACUUUGAUAUUUCAUACUGUUCUGUGUGUAAAUUGGCCUGGAGACCACAGGCACAUUUCGCAUCUGUCCCUUGUAUAGGAAUGGCAACAUUUAUAGCAGGUGGGAAAAGUAUGCAACUUGAAUUUAUUAACACACUUAGAUGUUAACCAAAGUUUAUCAUUUUUCUGAGAAGUCAUUUUCAUUUUUGUAAUGGAAAUGAUGAGUGACUACCUCUCUAUUUAAGUGAAUGUUUACAGCUACCAGUAAAUUAUCAACACAUAAUUGAGAUUGUUGAGUGGAAGAGACUAGAAAAGAUACAUUGUUCAGGUAUGCAUUUCUUAUUGUAAAUUAUGUGAUUUUUCUCAAGAGAAGCAGAAAUUUCUUGGAUCAGUUAAAUUCUAUUAACCCCAUCUUUACCAAGCUAUACCCCCUCCCCCCUAAGUCAAUCCCCCCACACUAAGAUAUAUAUAGUAUAGGAUGUUUAGGAAUUUUUCAGUUCAGUAAUGAUAUUCUAGACUGUCAUUAUAACAACAUUUGCACAUGGUGCUAACAUCAUUAUGAGGAUCUUUACCAAACAGAGUCACUCUUGAAUUAUCUAAAGGUGAUAGAAAAAAUAAUUAGUAAAGCUGGAGAAGCUAGUAACAAGGUUUUGAUUGUUUUGACUGGUUUACAUUUAGCAGUUGGAUUCCUAUGAAGGCAAACUGUCAUUUGAGUUGAGUGUGGUUGUAGAGAAAUCUGUAAAAUCAGUGCUGGAGCUCAUGAAGCUAAAGCAGAAUAUACAGUCUACUAUUAGAUAAAACAGCCAAAGUACUAAUUGUCGUAUAGUCAAGCUUUUAAUCUGCAUAUGAAGACCAGAUGGCUGCAUUAUAAAGGCCAUAACAAGGGCAAAGAAGUAAUGAAAGCAGUCAUAAUGAUCCUAGGUAUACAGGUACCUACAAAUUUUUUUCAGUCCCUUUGUGGUGUUUGACCUCAAAGUAGACAUGUACCUACUAAUGAUUAUCAGUAAAGAAGGGGUGAAAAGGUAAAUAAUCAUGGGAAUGUUGGUAAAUUAUUUGAUGGAUGUUUCCAAAGAAGUAAUGUAUUGUACAAAUUACUUUCACUUAUUUAAUGCAUUCUAUGUAGAAGCUUCCAGGGUAAUAUAAAUCUAGUAUGUAAGCAAAUAGGGACAAACAAAGGCAAUGUAACAUUGAUAUAUGCAAAUAGAUAUUUAGGAGUUUGUGCAUUAACACUUGCAUACUGUUAACAUGCUGAUGGCAAAAUGUUGUAUAUAUUAAAUUGAAUAUUUGAUAGAGAAGGGGAAAAUCAAAACUAAAUGAAUUUUUUUUAUAUAUAGCAUUCUAAAAAAAUGCAAAAAUGUUGCAUACAUACCAUUAAUGUGCAAUGAGUGAUAGUGCCAUUAUAAUUUAUAAUAAAUGAUAUACACUGUGAUCUAGAAGACACUAAAAGAAUUGAUUUUUAUUGUUGACCCCUGGGUAUAUGAUCUUGAGAAUAUUAGAAUUCGUAGACAGGCAAUAUAGGCAUUGAUUUUGUAAAAGAAAUAGAGUUAUAGUAAUAGCUUAUACACAAAUUCAUAAGUUGAGAAAAUAAAUCAAUAAAAGAAGAGAAAA